UUUUCAGGACAUUUUUCAUAUACAACCCUUUCUGUCGUCAUACCUCAGUAAUAUUCCCUAUUUGUUUUCAGAACUCUAGUAAUCUCAUAUUUACAAUUUAAAGGGACCUAAUUGCAAAGUUGUACACCAAACCAAAAGGUACUCCUUUUAUUCUACCCUCAUUCUUCAAGAAUUUUGAAUUGUGGAAUGCCCUUCUUCUCUUCUGUUUUCUCCAUAAAACUCUCUCAUCAUCUCUCCUCACUUCCUCUCUCCUCUGCUUUACUCUCUCUCUCUCUCUCUCUCUCUCUCUGUGCACUCGUAGCCUCCGUAAUGGGGACCGCCGGCGGAGGUCCAGUGAUGGAUCCUCACGGCGACAGGGCGGCGGUCGUGAGCGAAGGAUCGCGGUCGUCCAUUGCUUUUGAGACUAAUGAAGGUAUGAGCUUCCAGUCUCUUUUCGAUGGACUGGACAAAAGAGAGGCUGAUGAUCCCUGCCAGUACCUUCCAGCUAUACGGACCCCAGGUGAAACUGGUCAAUCGGUUGAGACCCGAACUGCAUGCUGCAACGUCAGAACAUUGUCUGACAGGAAUGCAUGCUUUACUUGCAACAGCAUACAAGAAGCACAAGCUCAGACGGUCAAAGGGACACUUUUGGUAAUGUGUGUGCAUCGUUUAUGGCUUGCUCUUCUUGAUCGCUCAUGAGGUCGCAUGCGAAGGAGACUAUUCUGAAGGGUGGAUUGGGCUUUUCUCCAGGUCUUUCAGGAUUUCGGGUAUUGAUUUGGCUGCUAACUGACCCCCAAUUGAGCUCUUGUGGUGAUUGGCGAUCAUGGAUGAGAUUAUUCUGCCAGUGAACUGUAAUUUUCUUGCAGAAGAGGACAACCGAAGGAGACCAAGGGAGUCUGGGAUUGAAGGGGAAAAGGUUGGGCAGGUGACAAGUAGGAUGGAGGAGAUAUCUUAAACUAGAAAACUAUCAUGAAAAAGACUAGUAAGAUGAAGGGGAUAUCUAAAAUUUCUGAGGGGUGGUGACAACAGUCAUUGCUGGGGAAUUGACAUAACUGCAGCAGCGAGGUUAUCACUUGUUAGAUACCUGCGGAGGGAGAAUAUCUUUCCUGAGGCUUGACGAACCUGAAUUCCACUACUACAUGAAGCCUGGAGACUGUAAGUUUGGUGCGAGUUUCAUCAUCCUAAUCCCAAAUUGUGUCUUAAGUCCACUGGGUCUUCCCUUGCGUCCUGUAAGUUGACUGUAAUCGAUAGGCCUCAUUGGCUAGUCCUGUGCCUUCCGGUUUGUUAUGAAGUCCUAAACCUUUGUUACUGACGCAAUAAAUUUAUUGGGCUCAGUACCUCUUGCAACUCCACAGUUUAAUCGCAUUGAGUCCCGGAACUGUGAAGCUCGAGCAACAAGCGAGGCGAUUAAACACCAGGAUAGUGAAGCAGAAGCAACACAUGAGAUGAUUAAACCCCAGAGUUCUGGAGAUGGAGCAACAAGCGAGGCACUAAACCCAAGACUCGUGAAGCUGGAGAAACACAUGAGGUGAUUAAUCCUUAGCAUUGUGAUGCUGGAGCAACAAAUGAGGCGAUUCAACCCGAGAAUUGUGGUACUGGAGCAGCAAAUGAAGGCUACCCGCAAUGUGUAAAUCCAGGAAUAUGUUCCAGCAAUCAAAUGCUGUGACUAUUAUGAGAACAUAAUCCGAGCACUCAACACCUAGACCUGACCCCAGAGCCACAUCAGCAGCCUCUUGUGGCGUUCAGCUUGAAGUCGGAAAAUCUCAUCAAUGAGACGGAGGUGAUCAUCGAGGAGGAAAAGAGUGGAAGCUUCGUAUGUCGAAGAAUGUUGAAUUGUCGACAAUGCCCUUGGAUGAGGUAUAUUGGAUAUUUGAUGCGAUGAAUUUUAUUGUUAAAAGUUCAGUAUUUCUUUCUUUUAUUGUAUUUUCUCAAUAUUAGUCCCCCAAAUCUUUAUUAUUUUGAGAUUAGACCCUCAAAUAAUUGAAAUUACUGUUAGAUCCCCCAUUAUCAUAGAUUAUUUCAACUUUUCUGGUAGCCUUGCUUUUUUCUGCGUAAACUCUUGGUAUAAUUUUCAUGGAGUAAUAAAGAUAAAAGUAAAAAAAGAUCAAUCACUUGUUGGAAUUUGGUAAUGAAACUUCUUUUGCAAGUCAAAAUACUUUUAAGAUCAAUGCCUUGAGUUGAUGAAAGAACUCAGUUGGGGGCGCCGACUUUUGAGGAAGGUAAUAUUGAUGAAAGGAAUGAUAUUUAUGGCUAUCAAUCCAUCGUUCUCACUAAAAACACACAUAAAUAGUGGUAAGUUUUUGGACUAUGGAUUAUAGACAUAAGAAAAUGUGUUUCUGAAUACAUUGGUCAUUGGAAAUAUUGCGAAGACAAGCCACUUUGCUUGGUGUUUUAAGAUUAUCUUUAGAUCCUUAGCAAAUGCUUCCUAUAUCACUGUUGAUUUUCCUGUUAGAAGGCCUAACAAAGUAACAGACAAUUACCUUUCUGUCAACUAUCACUUUGGUAAUUUGCAUUCAUCAUCACCUUCAGUUUCUUAAUAGCAUAAUAAGGAAUAGGCUAGGUGUAACAUCUGCAUCAAUUCUAAAGUAUCACGUGAUUAUACCAAAUGAAUUGCAUUAAGUUAUAGACUUGCUUUUUGCCCCCCUCCCCCUUCUUUCUGCUGCGAACUCUUUAUUUGUGAAGGGCAGUGUUCAGUGAAUUUGCUUUCUUUC